AUGCUCCAUAAAAAUGAGAGAAGAUAAAUCAAGAUUUUUAUGCUAUUCAUGGAAGAAUAAAGAAUGUAGAUGAUUCGUAUCUAUUGCAAGUCUCGGAUGGACAUUGUUUCAAUCGAGAUUAAGUAGCAUAAUCCAUUUAAGAAAGAUUACCAACUAUUAUAGAUUAGUUAUUAAAAUCUUAGAAUAUGGUUAAGAAAGAUUGAGAUAAGAUGAUUUUAAGAUAAGCGUUUGAAAGAAAAAAAAAGGAAUAAUUUAAAUCAAGAAUUGAUAUAACUUACAGUAAAGCCACCACUAUUUGUUUAUUAAUUAUUGAACUCACUGGUUGGGGAGCUAACAUAGGAAAUUCAAGAGCUAUUUUUUGUAGAUAGAAGGUAGGAUUUCAUUUUGUUGAAUUAUCCAAGCAUUAGAAGCCUUAUUUACCUAAAAUAGAAAAAGAAUAGUAUAGAAUGAGUCUUUGUAUAUUCUGA